CGUAUUCCCCUCAUGCGCCGUAAUCCUAGCAUCAAUGCCUAUCGCAAAAUGCUUCCUCCCAAGUAUCAUAGCUUGUCGGCCUAUUGGAAUAGGGUUUACUCAUGGCGUCGUCGCUCAACUAUACCGUCCAUCAGUACGGCGCACACGAGCUGCAACGGCUAGGGAUCUGGGACCUCGACGUUGCUGAUAAAACUCGAACUAAAUAUUGGAUCGUAUUCAUUCACGGCGGCGCAUGGCGCGACCCUCGCGUCGCGCACGACACCUUCGCGCCGGUCAUAACGCGCUUCCUCGAGAGCAGCAGUAAUACCGCCGCCGGAUCUACCGGUAGCAGCAGCAUCCCCGUCGCCGCCUUCGCCUCCCUCGAUUACCGCCUGAGUCCGCACCCGGAGUUCCCGCAGGACCCGGCGACUACGCCGCCGGACCGCUUCCGCGGCGCCAAGCACCCGGAUCAUCUCGACGACGUGCGCUCCGCGCUCGCGUUCCUGCAGAAGCGGUACGGCUUCGGGAGCAGGUAUGUGCUUGUUGGACACUCGGCCGGCGGGUGUCUUGCGUACCAGCUGUUAGCGGGAUUGUCCAGGAUCGAAGACGUCGAGGUACAAUUCCCCGCUGCUGUGUUCGGCGUCGAGGGGAUCUACGAUAUGACGGGCUUGAACGCGCGGUUCGCAGGCGGGUAUGCGGGGUUCCUAGAAGGGGCUUUCGGGCCGCAGGAUAAGUGGGAUGAAGUGGCGCCGAUGAAGUGCCCGGGGAGCUAUGGCGAUUGGUACCCUGGCGGGCUGGCUGUGCUGGGGCACUCGGUGGACGACGAGCUGGUGGAUAUGCCGGAGGCGGAUGGGAUGGCGGAGAGGCUGAAGAGGGAUGGUGUUGAGCUGUUGCUUGUGAAGGAUCUUACGGGGCCGCAUGAUGAUGCUUGGCAGGAUGGUAGAGGGGUUGCUAGGACAGUGUUGAGGGUGUUGGAUAUUCUACGGGAGAGGGCUAGGUAGUUAGGAGACGGUAAUACGAGGAUUGACUAUAGUAUAUAUGAUUUAACGUGAUAAAGGUCAAAAUUUUAGCGUAUUUAAAGGUAUGGGAUAUAAGUGAGUGAAUAAUAUUCCGCUAAUAAAUCAUAUUAUCC